AUAUAUAUACAUAUAUAACAGGGAAACAUAUACAAAUACUUGGAUGUGUUCAGUAUACCGUGUAUUUUGGUACCCAUUUACAUUUUGCACAUCACUAGAGCAGAAUUGCAGUAACAUAUUUUGCCAACAGCACGUUCAAUACAAAUAAAUGGUGCCAAAUAUAAAUACAGGUGGAUGGAUACACAGUUUUACGGUUACUGAUACUCAAACCCAUAAGAAUGGUUACACUAUUUACAAGAUCACUUCUAUAGUAUUCCCGCGUUCAGUUCCACAAGCUUUAACAUGUCUUACCAUAUGGAAACGGUUUCAUGACAUAAAACGUUUACAUAGAGAACUAUCAAGGCGGCAUAAGGGUCUUAAUCUGCACGGAGAAUUACCGGAGCCAACAGAUUGCAGUUAUUUUAAACGUUUUAACGCUGAUGUUAUACAACGCCGUAAGGAAUACAUAUUGGAGUUGCUAGAUUUUGCAGCACAACAUCCAGCUUUAUACAAAUGUCAUGCGUUCGCAAAUUUCUUCAGCGACGCGCAGGCACAUCAAACACCUUCUGUCUCACCGUUCCAUCAAAUCAAUUUCAAACAGUAUAAAGGCGAUAAUUGCGAAGAAGGUGCUAUAGCACAAAUAUGUGAUAAACUUGAUAUUUUGUAUGAUCCGUUUAACAAUGGUUUAGCCCUACUUGAUCCUGAGCGUGAUAUCAAAGAAAAAAAUGAUACAAUUUUUUCUGACACUAUUGACGGGAUAGAAACAGUUAAUUCAGAACAUUAUAAAUCUGCUAAUUUAGAUAAUGAAAUUAAAUCUAAGGAUUACACACGUUUUUUGACGCCUAUGGCGUCAAUAGAAAGCGAUGACAGUGACUACAUAUAUGAAGCAGCCUUAGAAUUUAGUAAUGCAGUUCAAGCUGAAGUGAAUUUAGAUUAUUUAAAUGCACAUAGCCUUUAUAAGCGUGGAGUAGAAUUACUGCUUUGCGGGUCUAAAGAUGACAGCAAUGAAGAUAGAAAAUAUAUAGCAAAAGCUAAAAUUUCAAAGUAUUUAGCACGUGCGGAUGAUAUAUACGACAAAUUUUUAAAAGACAAUAUAAUGGAGCAAAAUUUAGUUAUCAAAACACAACAACAACUAUCAAUCGAUGUUACUAAAGCAACAGAUGACUCUGUGAUAUAUUUAGAGCGUCCAUGGAACCACUUGUCCAAAUAUAAAGUGAUACAAAUAUUAGGUGGCAAAGUGAUGCAAGUGCAAAGUAUAACCGAACCUCAACGUCCAAUGUACGUUAUGAAAGGCAUUGAAAAACCAUCAAGUAUUUCAAGUAAACAAACAAUUUUUUUACCCCAAAACGUGCCGUAUAUGGUUGAUCUGAUAGUAUUUUUUCAAUCUGAGCAAAAAAUAUUUUUAUUACUUUCUCAGGCAACAGGUGGACGUUUGUAUGAAUAUAUAAAAAAAUAUAAUACAAAUACAAAUAGAAGUAGGAAUUUAGCUGGUUUAUUUAGCGAAGCCGAUGAAUUUGAAACGGAUGUUGCUAGUAAUUUCAGUACACAAGACUCUGGAUUUGUUGAUCAAGUUGUGGAAACAGAUUGUGCUGCAUCCAUUAAGGACGGACUGGAAGAAACACAACGCAGCAAGGAAUAUGUGGAGGAAGUAUGUUCGAACACUCCAAGUCAUUGUGAUACAGAUGUGAAAACAGAUUGUAUCGUAUCAAAUAUGAAGGAAUUAGAAGAAGCACAAUGUAACAAACCUGGUACAGAACAAAUAGUUUCAACUCAUAGUGAGAUAAUUAUGGAAACAGCUUGUAGUGCAGCCAUUGAGGAGGGAUUGAAAGAAACACAAUGCAAUAAAGUUUCUAGUUAUUGUGGGACAGUAAAAAAAGUUCAGGAGUCUGUAACUGGUGCAGAUUCAAAUUCAUCAAAAAUCGAAAUAAAAGAUACAAGACUACCGGAAGCUAGCAUAAAACAAUGGGCACGUGAACUUGCUGUUGCAAUACAAAGUUUACAUGAAAAUGGAAUUAUUUUAAGCGAUUUGCAUAUGAAAAACCUAUUGCUUGGUUCCAAAGGACAACUACAACUAAGUUAUUUUUACCAAAAUGAAGGAUUGGAAGCUAGUAAUAAUGUUCAAAAAGCGCUUAGCAUGGAAGCUAUUGAAGGUCAUUAUGUUGCACCUGAGAUAUCUUUAACAUUCAAAUCAGAUUGGUGGAGUUAUGGCGUACUUUUAUAUCAGUUACUACUUGGUGUGCCAUUUAAAGCAAUGCACCCAGGUAAUAUAGAGCUAUAUUAUUUUGUACAAUAUCCUCAUGGUAUUGAUUUAUCGGAGCAUGCAAAAGACUUAUUAAAUAAAUUGCUACAAAGAAAUCCUGAAGAUCGCUAUGAUUAUCAACAAAUACAAGUACACUCAUUUUUUAAUGGUACCAAUUGGGAAGAGGUGAAAAUAAAUGGUUUAAAUAAUCACAGUACAAUGAAAAGAGAUACUUAACAUUUUGAUGGUAUAGUAUAAUGAUUAAUUUUCGGUUACUAUUUUAAAAUGUUGUCGUUAUUAUUAUUUUUAUAUUUAUUGUUUAUUUUUUUGUUUUGCUGAACUUUAAUUUUAUUUAUUGUCAGACAAACCCUAUUAUUUUGGAAUCUCAAUUUUUAUAUGCAUUUUAAGAAAUAAU